AUGGCGGCUCCCAGCGGCGACCCCUUCGCCUUCUGCCUGGAGGCGCCCCCCGGCCAAGCCCGCCGCGCCCUGGAGCUGCGCCUGACCGGCGGGGCCAAGGGCAAAGGACUUUUUGCCACCCGAAACAUCAGGAAAGGGGACACGAUUUUUGUGGAAAAGCCUGUGGUGUCGGCUCAGUUUCUUUGGAACGCCCUGUACAAAUACAGAGCCUGCGACCACUGCUUGCGCGCCCUGGAAACGGCCGAGGAAAAUGCUCAGAGGCUGCUGGGAAGAUUUCAGCUGCUUCCUCACCCGGAGAAAUGCAGCAUUCGAAAAGACCUCCACCAGCGCUGUCCCAGCUGCCAGGUAAACCGACAUUGGCUGCGUAGAUGUGUGUUGGUGGCUUGGCUUAAAAUGUCCGUUUUGUCUGUGGAACGUUCUGGAAUUUCCUUUUCCUAACCCCCCCCCCCCCACUCUCUCCUGUCCAGGAACAUCCACUACCCCCCGGAAACUUCGAGCAUCAUGUUGAUGGCCAGGAUGGUGGCGACCGUCAAGCAGGCGAAAGACAAAGAGUGGUGGAUCAAACUUUUUUCUCAGUUCUGCCACAAAACGGCCAACGAGGAAGAAGAGAUCGUCCACAAGCUGCUGGGAGAGAAGUUUAAGGUCAGGAGAAGGAGGGAACCGUGGUUUUCUCCCGAAGGCUUCCGGACUUUGUUCGCCCUGGUUGGGACCAACGGACAAGGCAUAGGGACCAGCUCCCUGAGUCAGUGGGUCCGCGCCUGCGACGCUCUGGAGCUACCCACGCAAGAACGGGAGCAGCUGGACGCUUUCAUAGACCAGCUCUACAAGGACAUUGAGAAAGAGACAGGGGACUUCCUGAACUGCGAGGGCUCCGGCCUCUACGUGCUGCAGAGCUGCUGCAACCACAGCUGCAUCCCCAACGCCGAGGCCUCCUUCCCGGAGAACAGCGGCCUCCUGCAUCUGAGCGCGGUGGAAGACAUCCCCCAGGGAGAGGAGAUCUGCAUUAGCUACCUGGACUGCUGCCAGAGAGAACGGAGCCGACACAGCCGGUGCAAAAUCCUACAGGAAAACUACUUGUUCAUCUGCUCCUGUCCCAAGUGCCUGGCUCAAGCCGAAGAUCCCGACGUCACGUCGGAGGAGGAGGAAGAGGAGGAGGAGGAAGCCGAAGGGGAGCCCGACGGCGCGGAGCUGGAGGACGAGAUGACGGACGUUUGA